AUGCCUAUUUCAUCCCACAGUCACAGUGGACAAUUCUGUAAACAUGCUUUUUGUGAACUAGAAGAAAUAGUUCUCAGGGCUAUCGAAGUUGGUUUUACCCACUAUGGACUCUCGGAACACAUGCCUCGGUAUGAGCCGGAAGAUUUGUACGAAGAAGAAAUAGAGGUGAGAUUUAUUAUUUCGCUUUCUUAACUGAGUGAAGAUUCAUUAUAACAUCCGAUAAGCGUACGGCGCUCAUCGUUUUCAACAAUAAGAUUUAGGUUAAGAUUAUUGCUGGGGAGCGACCGUAGGGAGCGAGCAGCAUUAUAAUCGGGAUUUAAGGGAAAUUCUGGUAAAUUCAUCACUUUUUACCAGAAUGCAUUGCAUUUAACCAUCCUUGCUCUUCGCUGCUGGGGACGUUUCACGCGGAGGAACGUCUGCGACUCAGCGGUAGAAAUUCCAUACUGAUGACGCAAAUCAAUGUUUACAUAAUGAAGCCAGUAGUCAGAUCAUGAGUUCCAAAUAUAAAUUUGUCCAAUUUUAUGUGUCUUCUGGUCGAUUUUGGUAUACCGUUGUGUUCAUCUACCAACAAGCUCAAGCAAAACUCAAAUACUUCUUCUAGAAAAGACUAUAUAUUUCACAAAUUCCACAAAAAUUGACUGUUUUGUUAGAGAUUCCGUGACAUGUACAUUUGACCGUUGUGGCCUGUUGUCUUUUAUCUGUCAAGACUGUCAUUCGUAAACAAUAGCUAAAACAAUGUAACUACCCCGUCGACCAAUCAGCGCUUCUGACCGGAUUCCGGACAGAUUUUAUGUCAUCAGUAUGGAAUUUCUGUCACUGAGUCGCAGACAUUCCUCCGCGCGAAACGUCCCCAGCUACAAAGAGCAAGGAGAAACAGAUGUUUUCGUGGGCUACAGAGUGCAUUGCGGUACUUUUUACCAGAAUGCAUUGCGUCACGAACAACUCAAAUAAAAACACGAGGAAAUUUGGUGGCUGAGAGCAUUCAUUGUUCACUGCCCAGACUCAGAGUUUCUUUGUGUCAAAUUUUCUACAGCAGGGUUAGAGGUCUUACCAAAUUUAAGACACAAAGGACUCUUUCAGAUGAGUAUGAUGGUUAACUUUAGGAUUAGCCUGCGUGGCAGGCAUUUGAAAGGGAAGGGAAAGGGAGUUUAAGGCAAGAGAGAAACACGAGGGGCAUGUGAGGAGGGAGGGAAGGAAACGCCUGCAAGGAAACCAUUGUUUUUGCCAUCCUGCCUACUAAUUAUCUAUGCAAAAAUGACGCAAUUGUAAAUGACUAGCUGUCAAAUAAGUCUGUCUGCGAUGCACGUAAUUUUAGCUUUUGUUUUUCUAAAACAAGAUAUCUGAAGUGUAGGUACAUUCUAUAAAAAAAAGUUCAAAUGCGGUGGUCAUCUGUUGAAAGAAGAAAGUUGCAAUGAUGCGUGUCUUGUUAUAUAAAAUCCAGCUGAAAUCUAUUACAUCGUUUGCUGAAGGAAACGUGCUGGAUGUUGCAACUUGCAUGCAAUAUCUGUCUGAGAAAAAUUUAAAACACUUUGCCAGCUCUCGAAUUCUUGUAAGUCUCACUGCCUAACCAAUGCCAGUAUCAACAGAAUGGAAUGUGCCACAGCAUUACCAUCUUUAAGAUACCCCAGUCUCUAAAAUAAUGAGCUCAUCCUCGGCGUAUUAUCCGUGAAACUCUCGAGUGACGUAAAACAAAGGAAAGAAAGAAGUCAACACAAGAGAACCUAGGAAAACAAAAGGUGCACAACAAAGAAAAAGUUCACAGGUUGAUACACUGAGGUAAACCCAAAUAAUAGCUCAAUCAAUUCCAAGUGUGCCCAUCCCCCCUCCGUCCCCAUCCAUUUGUCAGGCAUCUGUUGUCUUAUCAGUCCGGGUGGCGGGGUUUGUUUGAAAACCUCUACCCGGGGAUUUUACAUUUUUCAAUUCUUCUUGAAGCGGUUAACAUCGCUCCUUUUUCAAUAUUUCCCUCUAGAAUAUGCCUAUUUAGAUAGCUACAUAUAUUUCUGUAUUUCACCCUCCCUGAAUACUUGCCUGCAGAAAGUGUAAGAAUGGCCACUACUAGAGAUUUAAGAGGGAAUAGCAAGCCACUGUGGAGAAGAAGUUGAAGUGAAAUUGUACUUGUUUGCAAAGCUUGAUAGUACCCUACAAGCAGUAAAGGAAAAUGCAGAAAAACCAUCUCAGGGUGUUCAUUAGGCAUCGGAGAGUUCUCAGUUUACGAUGCAGAAUUCUCCGACUAACAUUCGGUACCUAUGACUGUUUUUUAUUCAGAGGUGGAGCCUCUUUCAAACAUUAUCCUGUAAUGUUACACCUUUCUCCUGCUUCUAGAAUUCUAAAUGAAAACCCUGCAUCUAAAGUUAACCAUAAAAGUCCAAUGAAGGUUUUGUUCUACUAAUCAAAAACUAUCUUGACAUUUUGCCUUGUGGGCAUGCUGUUGCAUUCACUAAUUGACUAUCUCAAUUAUAAUGCUAAUUUGCAAUCUUUAGGCUCUUUCAAGAAAAAGUAAGUUUUUCUUUGUUUUAAGGGCCGUGGCCAUGACCCUACAAUGAGGUUCUUAUUUGAAUCUGCUAGCCUCUUGCUGGGGGUAAAAGAAUAACACAUUCUGUACGUUUAAAUGUCAGUGUGUUAAGCAAGGAAAUAGUAAUUAAGGAUGCUAUCUUAAUGUCUCUUACUGGAAAUGAGGCUGCCAUUUUACCUUGUCAUUCAAGCCACGUGAAGGUCCAGCCACUUGCAGGGCAAAUGCAGUACCUUUGUUACUCAGUUGGUUUAAUACCCUGAGUAUUGGUCUGGCCUCUAAAAAUCAAACCCACAACAUCCCACUCUGCAGUCGAGUGCCUGUCCAACUAAGCUCAUGAAAUCCUGCCCAUGGUUAGGUUAUGCCCAACUUUCCAAGGAAAAAGGGCAAAUACCUGACAAAUGCCUGGUUGGGGGGCAAAUUGGCUUGUUUGGAAUUAAAAAAUUGAAACGGGCAGACAUACAGUACUGAAAACUCCGGAAAAUCUUCGAAUUUGCCCCUUCUGCCACUUAAAUGAAGUUGAACAUGGUUUACACUUUCCAUUCAAUUGUAAUCUUUAUGAGAGUCUUCGAUCUAACUUUUACAGAAACAUCAUGAAAAAGAUACCACCAUUUUCAUAAUUUUGACAACAAAGAAAAAACCCUCUUCAUGUUUAACAAUGUCAAUCCUCAUAUCUACAGACUUACAGCUGCUUGCACACAUUCAUGUAUGGAAUAUAGACAAAAACUUGUUCUUCAUUAUAGCCUUUAUUUUGAUUUACCGUAAGAUUUAUAACAUAAAUAAUGUAGGUAACUCCAUGUACUCAUGUGGGAAUACUGAAAUAACGUUGUUGACUGAGCCACAAGUUUAUUUCCUGGACAGGGGGUACUUGUCAGUUGUGACCAUGCUUGAAAUUAAGAUGGAGAUAGUUACCAGGUUGAGGGCUGUUACUAAUGGAUGGGGCUGGGGAUUAAUUUCUGGCUAGUACGAGCAUGACUAUUUUCACAGGAAAAAAAAAGACAAAACUAAGAACUAAAGAAGUUCCUAUAUGUUCAAUUCCCUGCCUACUAAACUUACAUCAGGGUGGCAAGUUAAGAGGGAUACUCUUCACACAUCACCAGACUUUUUUAAGGCGUUCAUUCAUCACAGGGAAAAAAUUAGCCAUCAAGCAUAAUGUACAGGUAGAUGAGGUGCAAUUGCAGAAGGUUAAUAUGGCAACAUCGAUCUCAACCCAUUGAUUAAAUCAGCUCUAAUGAUUAAUAAAAAAAUUUUUUAAUCAUUUUUGAGUAGUUAAUUGAAUUGAUCUUAAUUGUACAAAAGGAUUCUCUGAAAUCUGGUGUUGUUCAAAUGUUAACCAUAUUGACCAGUAUUGUUUAGAAACAAGAAAAAAGGACCAGUAAAAAUGAUGUCAUGACUAUCUGUUUUUAAUGUCUGUGCUUCUAGUUUCACAUGAUAUUCACCAAUCACAGAAAUCCAAAAGGAAAAUCAUGCAUCACAGGUUAUAAAAAUAGUAAAUUAUGCACCACCCGGCUAUUUCCAAUCACGGCUAAUUUAAACCCGAUCACACAUCACACUGAUAAUUUAUUUAUAGUAUCCACCAUACCUUACAGAAAGCCACCCUGUAACAUAUACACGGGAUAGCAAUGACGUCAGCCCUGUACUUGAGACAUUUCAGUAAAGUUCAUUGCAUCUUUGAAGUUAAUACAUUCCUGUGCCAGUAAAGGACUGAUGCGGAGUAUUAACAAAAUUAAACAACAAUCCUAGCACUGCAUGCCCCACCCUGAUCAUGACACGCUUAACAAUACAUUGUUCAUUACUAUCCCUCUACAUUAUUCUUAUUACUAUGGCUAUGUCUGGUAUUAUAUUUUGUUACAAAAAUGUAGAGUUUUAAAUGCAAUAAGCAGUAAGAAGUCUGUAAAUUAGUUAGAAGCUGAAACCAUUCUAGGCAUACAGAUCAGAGAUGGGUGGAAAGUGUGGGAGGGGGGCGGGGUUAGAUGGUAGAUGGCCUGCGACCUACUGUACUGUGUAGUUUUGUUUGUGACAAAAACAUUUUAUCUAAAAAACUUGGCCUGUUGCUUUCUAUUAAAAAUCAAUGUCACUCUAUAGUUGUUGUUCAUGCCCAAUAUACACUGUAUAUCUAUGUAUCUCACCCCAAUUAAAAAUUUUAGGAAUUCUUCUUUGAACUAAGGGCAAUAAAUUUUGCCGUGUUUUAAUUGGUUUUUGCAGUUUCAUAUAGCUUGUACCAGGCUUUAGCUCACAGAAUGAUAUUAGGGAUGUCACAAAAACAAGGCAAGUGAAAAGAAGAUGCACCCGAUUGGCAGAAGUGGGCCUCCACUCUCCAAAUUCCCCACCUGUUUUUCGCAUCAGUUUUGACGAUCUCUGCACAUUACUAUCUUGGAGCCUGAAACAGGCUAAGACUUACAGCAAUAUGUAAAAAUCAAGACCCACCCAAAAUUUUUUAAACUGCACAGUACCAUCUUAUUUGCAACCAAUGCAAGACUGCUGUCAAUCAGUAAAAUUCAUGGAGUAAUAUAUUUAAUCCUAAAGGGCGCUUUCCAUUUGUCAGAACAGAAUUGGCAAAAACCAGUUAGGUCAUCAGGAGAAUUCCGCUAUUAACCUUUUAAGUCCCAAUAGUGAUCAACAUCGNGAAUUGGCAAAAACCAGUUAGGUCAUCAGGAGAAUUCCGCUAUUAACCUUUUAAGUCCCAAUAGUGAUCAACAUCGAUUUUCUCCUGACAAUAUCCAUAAUGUUGCCAAGAGAAAUUGUUAUGAGAGUUAAUAAAAUGAUCACUAAAGAGAAAAUGCUUUGAUCUGUUAACAAACUCUCUCAACUAAUUCUUUAAGGAAAUGUAUGAAGAUCAGUAUGGAGAAUUUAUAUGUGGAUAUUGGGACUUAAAGGGUUAAUCAGGACUAUCCAGCCAGAUCAGUUUAUUUCUAAAUGAUGUGUGCAAGACAGUGAUGGGUUUAAUAAAAAUUUGUGAGAAGACUAAUAUUCCGAAAUACAUCAUUGUACAGUCGAACCCCGCUUUACGGACCCCUGCUUUAAUACAGAUAUGUACUUUUUAUGGACAGUUUGCUUUGUCCCUGGGAAAAGAAAGCCCUUACAAAUUUUUCUAUCUUCAACCCACUUAAUAUGGACACCCAGUUAAUACGGACACUUUCUAUGACCCCCUUAGUGUCCUUAUUAAUGAAGUGUGAGUGUCUUUCUUUUGUGACCAGUCUGGCGGGCCAGUUCUGACUUUUCAAAAGUGCCCUAUAACAACUGAAAAUGAAAUCACACUAUGAUUCAUGUUACUUUUUUAGGAAAAUAUGGAACCUUUUGAACUCUGUUGCAUUUUUGAGGAUUUUGUCAAGGAAGCCAGGCGUCUUCAGGACAAGUAUAAGGACAAAAUUUCUCUCAUCGUUGGCUUCGAAACUGAUGUUAUUAGAAAAGACUGUUUUGAGAGGAUAAAGACACUGAAAAAAGAUCUGGAACUAGAUUACAUCGUAGGAUCCAUUCAUCAUGUUGAUGGAAUUCCAACAGACAUCAGCCUAGAACUUUAUGAAAAAGCAGAAAAAUUAGCUGGAGGAACAGAGCUGCUUAUGUGUCGAUAUUAUGAUCAACAAUAUCAGCUAUUGCAAGAAAUUAAGCCUGAGGUCAUUGGCCAUUUUGACCUCAUUAGGUUGUACAGACCUGAUUUUGAAUUUACAGAUAUGAUUUGGAAAAAGAUUGUCAGAAAUGUUGACUUUGGCAUAUCUUAUGGAGCAUUGUUUGAGAUAAACACAAGUGGUGCUUCCCCAUCAAAGAAACUGAAAAACCCACACCCACAUAAAAGAGUUCUAGAGGUAAGUGAAAUAUAGUUAUGUCCGCUGAGGGAUAGUAGGGAGUUUUUAGCAGCGAUGAAGGCGACAGCAAUAGGCUUAGAGCCUGUUUAUAUGAGUUGAGUGAACCUGGCCUGCUUUACCAGGCUGGCUGGGCUUAUGCCUUGUUUUCAUGUUAAAUUUUUGUUGUGUUUAUAUGAGAAGGCGGCUAUCCUGACUUACCGAGAUCCCGGUUGCUCGAGCCGAGAUCUCAGCAUUAUGGCCAGCCCGCCUCCUCAUAUAAACACAAAACAAGGCAUAAGCCUAGCCAGCCCAUUAUAAGUGGGCCAUGUUGGCUAAUAGACCCCUAAUAAGCAAAACAAGAACUCUGCACGUACGGCACACUUAUUGGUACAUUUCUUUGCCGUCAUUACAUCACUAUGACGUGAACAGUUUUCCUUGUGCUGUGUCUUACGGAGACAUAGUUACUAAAAGAAAGAAUAACCUAAAUUGAACUAAAUGUUACCUAAAAUGGCUCAAAUUGAGCUACCACCGCCGAUAUCUAAAAUACACUUAGAUUUCUCAAAUCACUUAAAAUUGUCUAAAGGCGAAAUGCUGAAAAUGGCGUCACUGACUUUGCAUGUGCUUUGGAAACAUUUAGAAUAUUUAAAAGUGGACUUGACUGCAAAACAGUCAGUAGAGUCUCACAUGUAAGAGUCUCUCCUAGUCUCGCUCUCCGGUUUCAGCCUUGCUCCAGACCUUUUGUUUGACUUUUCGCGCGUACUUGAAUGGGGCUGUUUUGAAGUCUAAGGGUUGAUUUUCACUCACACAUAAUUUUACUUGCGUAAAUAAAAUAGAAGCAAUGUUUGAAAGGCUACGCACACACGUAAAGGUUGAGCGAGGUUCAACUUUACGUGUGCGCUUGACCUUCUAUACAUUACUUUUAUUUCAUUUAUUAGAGGCGUAAAUAUAUUAGAGGCAAUGUAUGAAAGUUCGCGAGUAAACGUAAAAGUUGAACCUCGCUCAACUUUGACAUUUACCUGCGACACGUCAUAAUUUGCUUCGGUUUCAUUUACGUGCGUAAAAUUUAUGUGGAGAUCCACCUUAAGUCUUCUUGCUACUCGGCGGAAAGAUGAUGGCAUGAAAAAGAAAAAGUUUGCCCAGUAACGCAGUUUUGAUUGGACUAGAGCUCAUUUGUUCAAAUGGUGCCGAAGAUUUGAGGGUGUGCCUAGCAACCUAGUUGUGAUUGGUGCAGUGCUAACAGCGCAAAAAUUUUGAGUUUGCAUUGCAAUGUAGGUUUGACUGUAACCAUCAGGCUCUAAAUAAAAUUUUGCCAUGUGUAUGUAAGCUUCUAAAAUUGGUACCUGGUUUUUCCCUAGUACUUGGUGGAGUCUGGUGCAAAACUCACCCUGUCUGAUGAUGCACACGGUACUGGCGAUGUUGGUUUCUGGUACAACAACUUGUCUCAGUACCUAACUGAUAACAGGGUCACUGAANAAGCAAUGUUUGAAAGGCUACGCACACACGUAAAGGUUGAGCGAGGUUCAACUUUACGUGUGCGCUUGACCUUCUAUACAUUACUUUUAUUUCAUUUAUUAGAGGCGUAAAUAUAUUAGAGGCAAUGUAUGAAAGUUCGCGAGUAAACGUAAAAGUUGAACCUCGCUCAACUUUGACAUUUACCUGCGACACGUCAUAAUUUGCUUCGGUUUCAUUUACGUGCGUAAAAUUUAUGUGGAGAUCCACCUUAAGUCUUCUUGCUACUCGGCGGAAAGAUGAUGGCAUGAAAAAGAAAAAGUUUGCCCAGUAACGCAGUUUUGAUUGGACUAGAGCUCAUUUGUUCAAAUGGUGCCGAAGAUUUGAGGGUGUGCCUAGCAACCUAGUUGUGAUUGGUGCAGUGCUAACAGCGCAAAAAUUUUGAGUUUGCAUUGCAAUGUAGGUUUGACUGUAACCAUCAGGCUCUAAAUAAAAUUUUGCCAUGUGUAUGUAAGCUUCUAAAAUUGGUACCUGGUUUUUCCCUAGUACUUGGUGGAGUCUGGUGCAAAACUCACCCUGUCUGAUGAUGCACACGGUACUGGCGAUGUUGGUUUCUGGUACAACAACUUGUCUCAGUACCUAACUGAUAACAGGGUCACUGAACUGCACUACCUUGUGCCCCACCCCCAGAAAAAAGUGGUUUGUAGGAAGAUAGUAGAUUGUUUAAGUCAUCCAUUUUGGACACACUGCAGGGAAUUUUUGGAAGAGAAUUAG